AGCUAGGAUAGUUCGUAUUUUAAUAGUAUCCGAAAGAGCAAGGCGAAAGAAAACAUCAAGUGAGAAGUGGAUCCAGAUCUUUCGAUUGCAACUAGCUUAGCUGCUAGCUAACUCGUAACUGAUUCAUCGCUCAAGUUAACGAAGAUAACUCGUACAGCUAGUAGUUAGCUUGCUAGCCAAGUGAAACGAGUAUUGACAAUAAAAGCACCGAUCAAAGAGUUCCAGUGAAGUCAAAAUGAGUGCUCCCUCCUCCCAAAAAGUUGUGCUGAAAAGCACCACCAAGCAGUCCCUGAAUGAGCGGUGAGACGCGCUACGCACCCUGACAGCACUAAGCGAGGCGAAGGGCGAAACAGUGGUACAGACGGCCCUAGUGUGCUCUACUACGGAAGGCCACUGUUGGGGACCAGACAUGGACGCUAGGCUGCCCGGGGCCGACGUGUGCGCCGCUCACUCAAAAUGCAUGCCGUAUUCAGCAUUUGCUGACAAAAAGUUUAACAAACAGAGUUUGGAGUGCAAACAUGGUGCUCCGGGUCAACCUUUUGUGUGAGCAGCGCACACUUAGACCCAAGGAGAGAGGGUAACGGUGAUGCUUGCUUCACUACCAUGCUGAAGAACAAGGCGCCGACAGCGGUGAGUGUGCGAGCCACCAUGCAGCAGCAACACAUGGCCAGCGCCCGGAACCGCCGCCUCGCCCAGCAGAUGGAGAACAGACCCUCUGUGCAGGCCGCCCUGCACCACAAGCAGAGCCUGAAGCAACGCCUGGGGAAGAGCAACAUCCAGGCCAGGCUGGGCCGGCCCAUCGGGGCCUUGAUGCGGGGGGGUGCUGGAGGCCGGGGAUUUUCCAUUGGAGGGAUGCGGGGGAUGACCAGAGGAAGUCUGCGAGGCCGCGGCAGAGGAGGAGUCCUGAGGGGAGCUAUGGCUCUGAGAGGGAAUCGCCUUGCCCCAGGCAUGGGCCAGAUGCGUGGCAGAGGGGGUCCAGGCCGGGUGGCCCAGCGUAGGGGGAUGCGUCAGAGAGGAGGGUUUGCUGGUCGUGGAGGUGCCUUCGGAAGAGGAGCUGGAAGAGGAGUGGGAGCCAGGGGACGAGGCGGUCUGCGUGGGCGUGGUGGCUUUGCCGGUAGGGGUGGUGGCCGCGGUCGUGGGGGGACAAGAGGAGGCCGGGGCAGGGGAGGUGGCCCAGGGAUGACCCGCGAGCAGCUGGACAAUCAGCUUGACGCCUACAUGUCCAAGACCAAGGGCAACCUGGACGCUGAGCUGGACGCGUACAUGGCCCAGGCUGACCCAGAGGGCAUGGAGUGAACCUGGACCUCCACCACAAGAGAGCAGGGACUCCUUCAACAGACCCCUUAGUGAGACAGUACUGAUAACAUGGUGACAUGGAGAGAAGCUUGUAUAGUGCUAUUACUCCACACAAACGUAAUGAUAAACGCACAUACGUAAACCCUGAGUGCACUGUCUCACACUACAUGGCUAAAAUUUUAGAUGUGAUCACAACCUCGGGCUGAAAUAGGAAACCUGCUUACUCACCGACACAUGCAUACAAACUCACUCUAAAAUGUUGGGCCUAUGAAGAGAACUGUUUGAAAUGGAUUGUUUCCCUGAAUCUGGAUUUGACCAUUCUAUCGGUAUCAGUGCAACGUAGACACACCUGCAGUUUUAAACCCUUUUUCUGUAUGUGCAAGUGUGCAUGAAGAAUGCAAAUAUCUUAAACGUGAAUGGACGACACUGACCAAACUAGAGACUUGAAGAACCAAUAUUAUCAAUGUUCCUGAAAGGCCUGCUUUUUGGACCAGAAUCUGUUUUGAUGCUGAAUUGGACUGUUACUGAACUUUGCGUCUAUGUCCAAAUUCUUAAAAGUGCUUCGUUUUUAGGGUAUGAACCAUGCCCCCCCCAGCGCCAUAAUCAUGUCCAACUAGCAUCCACUUAUCAUAUUUCUUAAACCUAUUUUUUUACUACCAUGUUUUUGUUAGGAUUUGUAUUUAGCAAUGGAUGCUCCUUUUAUUGUUUUAGCAGUAAUGUACAUCGACUUGAAUCUCGUGUAAAAAAAAAAAAAUCUAAAGAAAAUGACCAGGGGAAUUCUAGAGAAAUCAUUUCGUGUUUUUCUCCAAUUUAAUGCCUCCAACUUCACUUAAGCUUUGCUUCUGGUGACUUGAAGUAUGUUGAUGUCUUCAGUUGAAAUUCCCCUAAAAGAAUUUUAUGGAUGCUAGACAUACCAAAUAAGCAACUACACAAGGAGGUGCAAAAUAUUUCCAUCAAGUUGCAAACGAGUGAGUGGUCUUCCCUCCUGGUGUUAAUUGUAUACAUUUUGAAAUGGUCUUUAAGCUGUGGUUGUUGUACACAACACUCCAAUGAAGUGAGUGAAAAAUAUUUUCAGAUUGUGUCCAUCUGGAUGAAACUAUCAACUCCAAUUUCUAUGUAAUUCCCUCUCCUACCUGGUUAAUGUCAUAGAAAAGAGAAUAAACUUUAUAUUGUCAUCUUCUCUUAA